AUGGGAAAUAAAGGCGCGAAGAAUAAUCUAACAUAUACAGAACUUACAUCAAACGAACUUGCUGCUCUUCAAGCAAGUACUAAUCUCACGGAGAAAGAUAUCAGAGAAUGGCAUGCUGGGUUCUUUCAUGAUUGUCCUAAUGGUACUCUCAAUAAGCAGAAAUUUAUACAGAUCUUUACACAAUUUUAUGUGGAUGAUCAUCGAGCCGAGUACUUUUGCAAUUAUGUAUUUAAGAUGCUCGAUAAGAAUCAAGAUGAUGUAAUAGAUUUUGAGGAGUUUCUUUUCGCUAUUUCUUCUUCGAGUCAAAGCGAGUUACAAGAACGAUUAGAAUUAGCAUUUGAUAUGUACAAUGUCACUGACGAUGGAAAUAUGGAUGAGGAAGAAUUAAUUAAUCUGAUGUCCGCUCUGUAUUUGAAUAUUUAG